CAGACCCGUGAACACAGACUUCUCUUCCUCUUCAACACACACACAAACACACACACUCACGGUGUGUUCUUGAGUUCUUGCAGCAAUGGCGGCUAGGUCUAGGGUUGUGAUAAGCGGCUUUGUAGUGCUGAUGAGCCUGGCUUUAUUGAGCGGAUCGAUUUGCUCGGCCGAGGAGGAGAGCAAGGAGAGCGUGGUUGACCAUGUGUUGACUCUGGAUCAUUCCAAUUUCAGCGAGAUUGUCGGGAAGCAUGAGUUUAUCGUUGUGGAAUUCUACGCUCCUUGGUGUGGACAUUGUAAAAGUCUUGCCCCGGAGUAUGAGAAAGCUGCAUCAGUGUUGAGCAGUCAUGACCCUGCGAUCGUUCUAGCAAAAGUUGAUGCAAAUGAGGAAGCAAACAAGGAGCUUGCAACUCAAUUCGGUGUUCAAGGUUUCCCCACUCUUAAGAUUUUAAGAAAUGGAGGGAAACUGUCACAAGAAUACAAGGGUCCUCGUGAAGCUGAAGGCAUAGUUUCUUAUUUGAAGAAACAAGUGGGACCUGCCUCUGCCGAGAUCAAAUCUGCUGAAGAUGCCAGCAGUCUUAUCGAUGAAAAAAAGAUCACCCUUAUUGGGCUGUUUCCGGUCCUGUCAGGUGAGGAAUUUGAAAACUUCACUGCGCUAGCUGAGAAAUUGCGUUCUGACUAUGACUUUGGUCACACUGUGGAUGCCAAAUUCAUUCCCAAGGGUGAUUCCUCAAUCAGCAAACCAACACUUAGGUUGCUCAAGCCAUUUGAUGAACUCUUUGUUGAUUCUCAGGAUUUCCAUGUUGAUGCUAUGGAGAAGUUUAUCGCAGAAAGUGGUGUGCCCACUGUGACUCUUUUCAACCAAGACCCAAGUAACCAUCCAUUCCUCGUCAAAUUCUUUGACAGCCCUGAUGCCAAGGCAAUGCUAUUUUUGAACUUCAGUACAGACAAGUUUGAUGAUUUCAAGAAAAAUUAUAAUGAUGUUGCUGUUCUCUACAAAGGAAAGGGACUAAACUUUCUUUUGGGUGAUCUUGAGGCCAGUAAAGGCGCUUUCCAGUAUUUUGGGCUGAGUGAAGAUCAGGCACCUGUCAUUCUUGUACAGACUAGUGAUAGUCAGAAAUAUCUCAAAGGAAAUGUGGAAGCUGAUCAAAUUGCACCCUGGUUGAAGGAAUACAUGGAUGGAAAACUGAAGCCAUAUGUGAAGUCAGAUCCUAUCCCUGAAGUUAACAAUGAACCUGUGAAGGUGGUUGUUCGUGACAGCAUUCAAGAUGUGGUUUUUAACUCCGGAAAGAAUGUUCUGAUAGAGUUCUAUGCACCUUGGUGCGGACACUGCAAAAAACUGGCUCCUAUAUUGGAUGAAGUUGCGGUCUCUUUUGAAAAUGACGCUGAUGUUAUAAUUGCGAAAUUCGAUGCGACGACAAACGAUGUUCCCAGUGAAGUUUUUGAUGUUCAGGGCUUCCCCACUUUGUACUUCAGGUCAGCAAGUGGAACAGUGGUGCCAUACGAAGGAGAUAGAACAAAAGAUGACUUUAUUGAAUUCAUCCAAAAGAAUAGGGAUACCAAUGCCAAGCCAGUCUCAGUUAAAUCAGAAGAGUCAGCUGCUAAAUCAGAGUCUCCGAGAGAUGAGCUAUGAAGAAUGCAAUUAUACCUUGAUGAGGUGAAACAGAGGAAGAACAUAGCGCAACAUGAAGGAUUAAGAUAUUUAGAGUUCAGUAGAAUGUAUUUCUUUUCCCUUGAUGAAAUAAUGUAGUAAGCCUUGUAACUUUUUGUAAUGGUAUUAGCCUUAAUUUAAUACACAUCACUUUGGUUA